UCUCUCUCUCUCGGCCAUCUUACUUUUCAUUCAUCAAUCUGACGUCUGCAGAUUAAUAUCCUUUUCUUGCGUUCCACUGCUGCUUCUGGUAUGCAAGCGAGAGGGCGAGAGUGAGGGGGAGGGGGAGAGAGAAGGAGAGAGAGGGAUGGAUGGAUGGAUGGAUGGAGAGCAGGAGAGUGAAUGGGUGCAGGAGCGAGCAGGAAAUGCCUGGAGAUUGCUGUAUCAAAGGGAGAGCGGUGGAUGACAGGAAGGGAGAAAAAAAACGAGAAAUGGAGAGAGAGAGAGAGAGAGAGCGAGAGAGAUCAGAAGAUGACAAUAAUUUCUCCUCUCUUUGUUCUGUGGUCAGAGAUCAAACAGCAGUCACUGACGAAUAGAGCGGAUACCCUUUCUCUCCAUCACUCCAUCAUUCAUCCUGUCUUUUUCUCACACACACUCUCUCUCUCCUUCUCUCUCCCUCUCUCUCAUUCUGUCUCCCUCUCUGACUAAUAUAGGGGGCUGGAAUGCAGGGAGACUCCAAGGAGGCGAGAGGAGGGGCUGAGAGCUGGACUGAGCUCACUGUUCGCUCUCCCUCUCCUCUCUACCUCUCCACCUCUCUCUCUCUCUCCCUCCCUCGUUCUCUCUCUCUCUCUCUCUCUCUCUCUGUCAUGCUGCUGCGUUUUUGUCUUAGCCCCAUUAUAUUGACUUGCUAAUUGCCUGAGACUCUCACUGUCGAGCGAGGGAUACAGUCAUAGUAGGAGGAGGAGGAGAAGAGAGGAGGUGUUCUAUCAACACGGAGGGAGGUAUAACUGAUGCUACUGCUGCCGCCACUGCUCGCUCUCUUGUCGUUUAGGGAGGUCCAUCCCCCUUCCUCUCUCUCUCUCUCUCUCCCCUUCUCUUCCUCUCUCUCUCAGCCCUAUUUGCUGUUUGAGGGGGGGAAUAACAACAGCUGUUUUCUCAUUGAUCUGUGCGGCAGAGGCACCACGACGUGAGCCGACAUAUAAGCUCCUCGCUCCUCCAAUGCGUUGCCCACGUCGACGGGAAGAGAGGGAUGCACACGCUGUCUCAUGCAGCGCUACACGUGAACGAAUUCCUUAAUGAAUGAUUUUUUUUUUCAACCUUCACGCCUCUCCCUCUCUCUCCCUCUCUCUCUCCCUCUCUCUCUCUUUCACUCUCUCUCUCUCUUUCACUCUCUCUCUCGCCUCACGUGCGCUUCUCAUAUUGAGAGCGUUACUCAGCUCUGGAUCGGCCGAUCACCUCUCUCUCUCCGCUGUCCUCUACGUCUGCCCCUUUUCCCCUGACAACAGUGCAGAUUCAUUCAGUGCUUGGAUUACAGUGCAACCAGGAAGGGGAACCAAGAAGCCAGGAGCCAGGAAUCAACAGCGUGUGCGCAGCACGGUACGGCACGACGCGUGAUGUACGUGAUGCCUCAACGUUCCUGGAAAUAUCCUAUCCUGGAUAUUCUUUCUGCGGCAGGAAUUUAGCCAGAGCAUUCAGGAAUAACAGCGCGGGUGGAGAGAGAGCGUUCCCGGGCGGCCCCGCCGCGACGAGCGGACCAUCGCAGACACAGACGGAGCUUGUGUGAGGUUUUUCAUGAGGACGGGACGAGCGGCGCAUGAAUGGGGAACUAAGCUCCAGUGUCUUGCAUGUUUCCAGUUGCAUAAUGCUGGAGUCUAGACCGUAGCCCCCCCGCACCCCCACCACCACCACCCACCACCGUCUCUGAGUCCGUGACCCCCCCCCCUCAGACAGAGGUGAUGGAAGGAAGGGACGCCAGGCAUCAGUGGAGGGCAAGAGGGAGCGGAAAAAGGAUCGGCCGUGAAUGAGCGUGUGUGUUCUCGUGUGAGUGUGUGCGCACUGUGCGUGUGUCUGUCUGUGUGUGUGUGUGUGUGUGUGUGUGUGUGUGUACAUUUGCAUGUGAGGAGGACUGAGACAUUCUGUCAGCUGUGAAGAGGAACACACAGCAACACACACUCUGUGUGUGGGGAUAGAUAGACUCUCACAGCAACACACACUCUGUGUGUGGGGGAUAGAUAGACUCUGUGUGGGAAGCGGGACUCAAAGGAAGCACGCCGAGUCAAGCGUCUCUUGAACGUGACAUGUCAAGGAUGGGAUUCCAUGAUGGUGUUGUGACGGGCCCCUUGUGAGCUUUGGAGCCUGACGACUGAAACUGUCAUUACAUCAGAUUAAUUAUUCUGUAGUUCUUCCUGUUUCCUGUCCUUACCGGCUUUGGGCAUUGGUAUUGGUAUUCCUCACUACCCACGGAAGAACCAGACUGUGGUUGGGGGAACAUCCUGGCUGGUGGAACCGGCAGCCUCUGGGGGUGCUGCUCCAGUUCUGCGAUAGAGCACGGCCAUCUGGCCACAGCGGACCAAACAGGGACCCCCAUCCUCCUUCUGUGUGUUUUCCCUCGCUGUCUCUGGCUCUCUCCAUCCAGUGUCGCUCUGCCCACAUAGCAGAGGAGACACACACUUUCCUGGACUGUCUGCCAUCUCUCUCUCUCUUUUUUUCUCUCUGCCUGUCUUUCUUCUGUGUGUUUCUCUCUUUUUUUUUUCCGUGUCUGCCUCUGUCUCUCCGCCGCCCACAUGAGUCAAUCAGGGACCCUGCAGCGACGCACCACCUACCUAAUCUCCCUCACGCUCGUCAAGGUCGAGGCCGUCGGGGCCGAGGGGGAUGGAUGUUCUCCGGAGAAGAAGGCCGCGACCCUGGCUCUGCCCCCCUCCCCGAGCCCCCUUCCCGGGCCAGGACAGGACCUGAGGGGGCAGGACAGGGAAGACGACGACGACGACGACGACGAUGAGGAGGUAGAAGAGGAAGACGAGGUGGUGGCGGCGGCUAGCAGGAGCGUGGAGGAACGUGUGCCGCAGCCAGAGAAGCAGGAAGUGGAGGAGCCGGAGAAGGAGAAGAAAGAGGGGAGGGCCAGCUGGGCGGUGAGGGAGAAAAGGAGGCCUGAGAGCAGCGACGGUCGUCCUCCCAGAACGCCCGUCCCAAAACCGCGCGACCAAACCGUGUCACUGGUGCCUGUUAAAGACAAGGCGGGCAUGGAGCUGAUGGGAAGCCCAGGGAUGACCCUGGAGCGCGAUCGGGAACGCCGGGAAGAUACCCCCAAAAUGGACCUCUACAGGGAGGUCUUCCCACCACCCCAUCGUGGCGUUCCUGAAUGGAUCGACCAGGGCUCCAACGGCACUCCAAGCCGGGCCGCUCUGUCGGGCCGGACCGGCCAGCGACCGGAAGCGCUGCUGCGCUCGCACGUGGCCAUCACCACGGUGAGCCGGCGGGAGCUGCGCGAGGCCAGCCAGAGUGUGCCCCCGUCCGCCAAGAGCCUGGACCGCAAGGCCCGCGAGCGCUCGCCCCCCACCACCAUCACCAUGACGAUGGGGCCCUACCGCGCCUCCUGGUCCGAGAGCGAGGGCCGUGGGAUGUUCCAGCGCAUGACUGGAGUCAGCGUGGGCGGCGUGGGUGGGAUCGGCGUCUCCGGCGCGCCGACGAUGGCUCGCGAGAGCCCGCGCUCGGACCGGCUGAAGACCGCCUCCACCUCGCUGCCGGCCCCCGCCACACAGGUGCAGCCCGCCAAGCCGCAGCGCAAGGGCAAGAGCCGCACGCUGGACAACAGCGACCUGCACUCGCUGUCCGAGGACCUGCGGCGGGGCAAGGAGGCCCAGAGGGGUGGCGGUGGCGCCGGGGGGGCGUCUCAGGCGCAGGGUCAAGCCCAGGCGCCGGCCCGCGACCGCAAGAUGCUCAAGUUCAUCAGCGGCAUCUUCACCAAGAGCUCACCGGCGCCCCCUACAGCCGCCACGCUGCCUCCCACGCCCACGCCCCUCUACAGCUCCGUGCAGAGGGGGUCCAGCGAGGAGGACGCAGCGUGUGCCAACAGCCAGGAGUGGAUUUUGAGUCGUACCAUCCAAGAGCUCCGUCUGGGGGUUCUGGGAAGUCUGCAGAGCGGGAAGUCAGCGUUGGUGCACCGCUACAUGACCGGGAGCUACCUGCCUCUGGAGUGCCCUGAGGGGGGCCGGUUUAAAAAGGAGAUGCUGGUGGACGGACAGAGUCACCUGCUGCUCAUUAGAGAAGAACCAGGCCUGCCAGACGCUCAAUUCUGUAGCUGGGUAGACGGUGUGAUCCUGGUCUUCAGCCUGGAGAACGAGGCCAGCUUCCAGGAGGUCUACAACAACUACAGCGAGCUGUGCGCACACCGCAAUGUAGCAGAUGUCCCCUUCAUUGUAGUGGGCACUCAAGAUAAGAUCAGCAGCACAAACCCGCGGGUUAUAGAGGACGCCAGGGCCCGUCAGCUCUGUUCCGACGUCAGGCGCUGCUCCUACUUCGAGACGUGCGCCACCUACGGGCUGAACGUCAACCGCGUCUUCACCGAAGCUGCUCAGAAGAUUUGGGCGGUGAAGAGGCAGGCUGCUCUGUUUGCAUCCUGUAAAUCCCUCCCCAACUCCCCCAGUCACUCCGGCGGAUCGACCCCAGUGUCAGGAGCCUUCCCUGGGCAGGCCAGUAAUGGGGGCCAGAGCAGUGACUACUCCUCCUCCUUGCCCUCUACUCCGGUUAUCAGUCAUAAGGAGAUCGGCGUGUCGGGAGCAGAGAAGUUGGGCAGCGCCACCCCAGGGACGCUCAGGAGCGGCCCGCGACGCCGCACGCCCCGAUUCCCAGGUCGCCGUGGCAGUGAUGAGAGAAGGAGUGUUGAUAGUAAAUGUGAUUUUGGCAGUGGAAGGGCUAUCCCCAUCAAACAGAGUGUCCUACUGAAACGCAGUGGAAGCUCAAUCAACAAGGAAUGGAAGAAGAAGUACGUCACUCUGUCCAGCGAUGGUGUGCUGUCCUACCACUCCAGUGUCAAUGAGUACAUGCAGAACGUCCACGGGAAGGAGAUGGACCUGCUGCGGGUGACGGUGAAGGUUCCAGGGAAGCGUCCACCUCGAGCAAUCCCGUCUGGGGCUCCCCCUGCUGGCCAGAACGGUCUGGUGAAGGACACCCCAGGACCAGAGGGAUCAGGAGCAGUGCCUACAUAUCCCAGCGGUCUCUUGACUGUGGAUGAGGGGCCAGGGGUGAUAGGCGGACUGACCCUGGGCAACCGAGGGGUACAGCGCAACCCCUCCACGCUCUCCAGUAAGACUCAGAGUAUGGACUCCUCCGUAGAGGGCGUGUCCAGCCCGACCUCCAGCAAAGAUCCCGCCCCUUCCUCCCCGAUGAUUGACAGGAAGAAGACGAGGAGGAAGAAGAGCAUGAAUCAGAAAGGAGACACAGCAUCAGGGCAAGCUGAGGCCAAGCGCAAAAUGUGGAAGCUAAAAAGCUUUGGUAGCUUGAGAAACAUAAAUAAGACAGAUGAGGACAACUAUGACUUCAUGGUGGUGUCGAGCACAGGGCAGAUGUGGCAUUUCGAGGCCCCCAGCCCGGAGGAGCGCGACGCCUGGGUCCAGGCCAUCGAGAGCCAGAUCCUGGCCAGCCUGCAGUCCUGUGAGAGCAGCAGGAACAAGACUCGGAGGAACAGCCAGAGUGAAGCGGUGGCACUUCAGGCCAUUCGUAAUGCCAAAGGCAACAGCUUCUGUGUUGACUGUGAUGCACCAAAUCCCACGUGGGCGAGCCUGAACCUGGGCGCCCUCAUCUGCAUCGAGUGCUCGGGCAUCCACCGCAACCUGGGCACACACCUGUCCCGCGUGCGCUCCCUGGACCUGGACGACUGGCCGCACGAGCUCACACUGGUGCUCAGCGCCAUCGGCAACCACCUGGCCAAUAGCAUCUGGGAGGCGUGCACACAGGGCUGCCACAAGCCCACGCCUGAUGCCACGCGGGAGGAGCGGGAGCCAUGGAUACGGGCCAAAUACGAGCAGCGCAUGUUUGUGGCGCCACUGCCGUGCACCGGCGAGGGAUUAGACGGCUCGCUGUCGGCCAAUCUCCUGCGGGCGGUGACGGACAGGGACCUGCCACGCCUGCUCCUGCUGCUCGCCCACAGCUCCAAGGAGGAGAUCAACACCCCGGUUGACGUGGCGAUGCACCCUGGCAACAGCGCCACCCAGCAGCCGCGCCCCGCCCUUCACGUCGCAUGUCAGCUUGCAGACGUCGUCAUGACGCAGCUGCUUGUUUGGUAUGGCAGUGACGUGAGGUGUCGUGACCCUCAGGGCCUGACGGCCUUGUCUCUGGCACGCCGUGCCGGUAGCCAGGAGUGUGCCGACAUACUGCUGCAGUACGGCUGCCCCAACGAGAGCACCACACCCUGCACCAGCCCCACCGGCGCCUCCCUGGGCUCCCCCUGCUCGUCUGUCCCCCUCCCCGGUGGCAGCGGCGGUGGUGGUGGUGGUGCCACCACCCCCACCCCCACCCUCUCACGCAAGACCAGCGCAGCCAGCCUGAGUCGGAGCAGCUCCAGAAGAGCUGUGUCCUAACUGCACUCUGCACCUAGAUCUGUGUGUGUGUGUGUGUGUGUGUGUGUGUGAGUGUGAAUGUUUUUUUCUUGGUGUGUGUUUAUUUGGGUUGGUGUUCAUGCAUGUGUGUUU